AUGUCGUCCGAGCGCAUCCUUGUCCUCGGCGCCGGCGAGCUUGGCCUCGCCGUCAUCCGCGCGCUGUCUGCAUACGUUAAGCGCGGCGGUGCCGCAACGAGAGCUACAAUCUCGGUCCUGCUGCGCGAGUCGACCCUGACGGCAAGGCCCGCUCUCAGCAGGGAACUACAUGCGCUUGGCAUCAGCAACAUCGAGACAGCAGACGUGGCCGCCUCCUCCGUGGAGGCCCUUGCGCACUUGUUCUCGCGCUACGACACCAUCGUAUCCUGCAAUGGACUAACUUUGCCGCCGGGAACACAGCUCAAGCUCGUCGAGGCUGUGAUUCAGUCCGCCGGCGUCGCGCUGGGAGAAAGGGGAACGGAGCAGCGUCAGCAGCAGCCGAAGAAGAGGUAUUUCCCCUGGCAAUUCGGCGUCGACUACGAUACCAUCGGCCGCGGCAGCGCCCAGGACCUGUUCGACGAACAGCUCGCCGUGCGGGACCGGUUACGCUCCCCGGUCGCCGCUGCUGCUGGAGUCGACUGGACCAUCAUCACGACUGGGCUGUUUAUGAGCUUCUUGUUCCGCGCGGAUUUUGGCAUCGUCGACAUCGGCGCGCGCACGGUCCGCGCCCUCGGAGCAUGGGACCAGAAACUCACGGUGACUGAUGUCGCCGACAUCGGGGCGGCAGUGGCGGAGGCGGCCUUCUAUCCUCCGCUUCCAGGACAAGGAUGGGAUGGCGGGAAGGCGGAGGAGGAUCAGAACGGACGGGUGUUGUUCAUCGCGGGCGACACGCUGAGCUACGCACAGAUUGCAGAUCUUGUGAAUGGUCGUUAUGCUGCAGACGGGGGCAGCACGUUUGAGCGAGUGCUGUGGGAUAUUCCGGCGCUGGAGAGGCAGAAGGACAAGGACCAGAACCUGUUCAUGUUCAAGUAUCGCGCCAUGUUUGCACGCGGCAAGGGCAUCGCAUGGGAGAAGGCGGGGACUUUUGGAGAGAGACGGGCCUUGAAGAUGACAAAUGUCAAUACGUAUCUGCACAGACUAGACGAGGAGGGGCAGUUGACAGUGUAA